GAAGUGCGUUCUUUGCACGGUUUGCAGCCGAAAUAGUUUCCGGGAUACGUCCCAACAGGCUGAGGUUAGCUUGGUACACACACGCCAGUAUGUAUCUGUUCAGCUCCUGUUGUCAAGGGGGUCGCGAUCGAGGCUGAAGAGCAGGAAGCAGCACUGAAACUUCCUGAGCCUGCGGGCUGACAAGAGUUUUAGACAGCACCCGUGACUUUAUGCGAGUACUGUGCCCCCUGUCUGAUGAUGCCCAGCGCUGGUGCCCUGCCCCGUGUGUAGCGAGCACUGAACGCCUGCAACUUCGCAGUGACUGCGAUUAGCCUCCAAGUUUGUUCCGAUGGUGGCAAUGGCAGAUGCAGAACCCCUCUCGGAGCUGCGGUCAGACCUCGCCUGGUUUUUCCUGUCCUGGGUGGCGACUUUCUUCAUGGUGUUCGGCGGGGCACUGCCCUACAUCCCGCAAUACCGCGAGAUCCAAAGAAGUGGCAACACCGAGGGCUUCUCCACACACGUGUGCCUAGUGCUGCUGGUCGCUAAUAUCCUUCGCCUCUUCUUCUGGUUUGGAAGACAUUUUGAAGUGACCCUCGUAUGGCAAAGCAUUGUCUUGAUAUUCACCAUGCUGGCCUUGCUACAUUUAUGCUGUGACCUACAGCAGUCCUCCACUUUGACUACCAGCAGACAUCUUUUCACAGAUUUUGAUCCCAAAUAUUUUUGGGCCUGGAGCCGCUUCCUCGAUUACAUCCAGUUUUGUUUAUCCUUCACCAUGGUGUGCCUCUUGGUGACGUACCUCCUGAUUGACUCCCAACUCUUUGUGGAAACUCUCGGUUUCACGGCUGUCCUCAUUGAAGCCAUGUUGGGAGUGCCUCAGCUUUGCCGCAACUUCAAGAACAAGUCCACAGCAGGCAUGAGUGUUAAGAUGGUGCUGAUGUGGACCCUGGGUGACAUCUUUAAAACUGCCUACUUCAUUAUUAAUGCAACACCUGUACAAUUCUGGGUUUGUGGGGCCCUUCAGAUUUGUAUUGACAUCGCAAUAUUCUAUCAGGUGUUCACGUACGAGAAAGGAGCACACGAAAAAUACAGCUAACAAAACUGCAGAGUGAAUGAAUGGCAGCCUGAGACACAUGAUUUUGUGACCAGGUUAGGCACCAGGGGCGUGCCAACAAGAUCGAUCUCCUUUCUUACUCAUUGAAGGACAUCCAAUUCUUUAACCACUAAACUAAAGUGCCUUAGCCAUAUAACUCAUUUUGUGUUGAAACUUCUUUCCUACUGAUGGCUUUGAAAAUCUCCAGGUCAUGCUCCACUAGGCAGGGUGAAGAGUUAACUUUAAUUAACUCAUCAUUUUAUAUUUAGAAAGAGGACGUACAGAGCAGCAGCAACAGCAAUGAGAAAACAAACCGAACCUUGUCAAUGUGCAUUUAAUAAGGGCUGACCAGAUAAUGAUUCCUCACUCCUAUGAACAGUUCUAGAAGUCUCCUCAUGCCUUAAUGUAACCCUCACUUUGUCAAAGUGUUCCAUUUUGAAGCUGCAACAAGUUUGCCAUCAGUGUGUUCCCUGUCACUUCCUGUCGGAUCAAUAGAAAACGAACUCCAAUGUGAUCUGGUAAAGAAUCAAAUCCUAAUUUACAUUAUAUUGUUUGAGUCACUGUAAAAAAUAUGUCCCUAUUGAUGCUCCGCAGUUCUUUCCCUCCAUUUCCACUUUUGCGUGUAUUUUUUAAAAUAUCUUUUAAUCUCAUGGCUUUAUUUAAGGUCUGUCCCCAACCAUCAUACCAUUUUGUGCUGGACAUUGAGAAAUUUCAAAAUCAAAUAUGCCUACCAUGCUUUGUGAAAUUCAAUUUACUGUAAUUCACAUGUACCAUGGAUAAAGAUUACCUCGGAGGGGAUAUUGGUGAAUGAUAGAAAACGUUGGAAUCUUCGGAAUGUUCGGCGGCGCAGUUGAGAAAUAAGCAGGGUUUAAAUUUCAGGUUGUUGACCUCUCAAUGGAGGAAAGGUUAACUUUGGAUUCUAGAUUAAAAAUGUUGUUAUUUCUGAGUAUAUUACAGAUAGUUAUUGUUUAAUUCAUUCAUGGAUCUGAGCAUCGUGGGUUAAGUAUAACAUAAUAUCAAUCUGUAUUGGUCUUCAAAGAGCUGCCUUCUUUAUGACGUAGGCACUUCCAUAGAAAACUAUUCAUGAAUUUUGAUUCUGUGACAAUGAAGGAACAGUAUUUCCAGGUUAAGAAAAUGAGUCGGAGAGGAACUUUGCUGGGGUUCUCAUACACCUUUUGUACCCAGCACCCAUGAGUUACGGGUUUAGGAGGUGAUGCAGAUAUUUUUCCUGUAAAAUGGUAUUAAAGGUUAUUUCCUGUGCAAUGUGUAGGAUAUUUUUAGCUAAUGGAAAGUAAGGCUUUCCUUUACUAAAACAUUAAGGUAGGAUAACCAAGAAUAAGCUGUACCUUACAAUAAAACAAUUUGUGUAGGCAAGGCCUUACUGAGAUGGAAGUACAACCCAUCAUAUCACACAUAGUCCCCAGUUUGCUGGGAAGGGCACUCGAAGGCUGAACGUUUUCCACAUAUUAUUUUAAAGUAAUAUGGAAUUGAUAGACAGCAAAUUUUUCUGAUUUGAUAUUAACCAUCCUUCUGAAGGAGAAUUUAGAGGAUACUUUUCCUUGCCAAGUUUGGCUGAUUGUAGAAGUUAGGUUUAGGUUUAUUAUUGGCACGUAUACAGUGAAAAGUUUUAUGUUACAUGCUAUCUAAUCAGAUCAGAUAACACCACACAUAAAUACAAUCAAGUCCACCUCAACUACAAUCGUGAGCAGGAAGGAACUGCAGAUGCUGUUUUACACUGAAGAUGGACACAAAAUGCUGGAGUAACCCAGUGGGACAGGCAGCAUCUCUGGAUAGAAGAAAUGGGUGACGUCCCUUUUCCUCCCCCCUCGCCCCCAUCCAAGAACCCCGACAGUCUUUUCUGGUGAGGCAGAGGUUCACUUGCACCUCCUCCAACCUCAUCUACUGUAUCCGCUGUUCCAGGUGCCAACUCCUGUACAUCGGCGAGUCCAAGCACAGGCUCGGCGACCGUUUCUGAGAACUCCUCCGUUCAGUCCGCCAUAACAUACCUGAUCUCCCGGUUGCUCAGCACUUUAACUCUCCCUCCCAUUCCCAAUCUGUCCUUUCUGUUCUGGGCCUCCUCCAUUGUCAGAGUGUGGCCCAGCGCAAAUUGGAGGAACAGCACCUAUUUUGCUUGGGAAGCUUACACCCCAGCGGUAUGAACAUUGACUUCUCUAACUUCAAACAACCCUUGCUUUCCCUCUCCAUCCCUUCCCCCUUCCCAGUUCUUCCACCAGUCUUAUUGUCUCCAACUACAUUCUCUGUCCCGCCCACUCCCCUGACUGACAUCAGUCUGAAGAGGUUCUCGACUCGAAUCGCCAUCCAUUCGUUCUCUGCAGAGAUGCUGCCUGUCCCGCUGAGUUACUCCAGCAUUUUGUGUCUACCUUCAAUUUAAAUCAGCAUCUGCAGUUAUUUCCUACACGCUUCCACUUUAGGAUGUUGCAACUUGCCAGUUACUGGAUCAGAAGGAAUUGACUGGAUCACAGGCAGAGCUGAGAGCCAGAGUAGGGUUCUGAAUGCGACAAAGGAUUCAAACAAGACUGGGUAGCAGUUGAUCACAGCUCUUUAUGGUUGAUAUGCUGGAAGCAUGCUACUGCUCUAUGAGAGUAAAACCCUUUCCUGACUUUUUUUGUGAUCAACCUUAAGUAGUUCCCACUGAUUGAGUUGUUCCGUGCAUUCUACAGACUAGUGCAGUGUUGACACAAAGAUUAUAUAGUGUCUUGGAAUGUUGGCUUUUAUAUUUAACCAUUUUCCGUACUGCUUCUGGGUUACAAGUUCCUCAAGGACAGACAAUUCCAUCACGGAAGCCUUUUCAAUCUGUAUCAUAAUUUACCUCCUUCCCCGUCUCCCUUACCCCACUAUCUGUUAGUUAGGCAAGAAAAACGCAGCCAGCCCCAACACUCUCCAGUGUGCUUUGAAUGAUUAAUUAGAAUUACUUUCCCUUUCACCAUGCAUCAUUGCAGUCUGACCAAAACUAUUAUUAGCAAUAACAAUGAAAUGGAAGACUUAGAAAUGUUGUCAUAUUUGAUACAGCAACGUCCAUUUCAUAGAGUUCUAUCAUCUGACCAGGUCAGUUAUAAUCCAUAAUGUCACCUAAUAAUUGUCACUGCAUGUUUAAAUGAUGGAAUCUACCUCUACUGUCACGAUGUCUAUUUACUGUAUAGUUACAUCAGUCUACAUAUAUAACAAUUUUCAUCCAUUUUGCACCAAUGACUGAUCCCUUUAUAUCAGAAUGUACCGUACCUCCCUCAGGACCACUGCUAGGAAUCAGGUAGAUUACCCAGAAAAAUAUCCAACAGUUGUGACAAAAUCCCUUGGAAUCUUAUGAAAAGCAGGACAUCAAUCUGCCACUUAAAAGCACAGCUAUUUCAAAGGUUCAAUGCUGAUGAUAGCCAAUUCCCCGCAGGCUCCUUAGACCAUUGAAGGUGGAGACACAGCAACAAAAAAAUAAG